AUGCCGAACACACAAGGGUCAAAUUUCCAGGCUCCCCACCUAACGGAUCAAUUGUCCAUUCAAGAGGCACUAGCAUCAUGCCAAAAGAUCCUGAAAGAAGCCGAAGAGCUCUUUGUCUCUUUGUUGAGUGCGAAGAACUUCAAGUUUCUUCUGAAAGGAAUGGCCAUGAAAGAGCAGGCGGACGAAGUCAUGUCCAGACUUGAGCACUACAAAAGCUUUUUUGUCCUAUACCUGCAGCUCCAAAGCAGUGCACAUUAUGACCAGGUUCAGGAGAACAUGCUAGAUAUCAAGCAGCGACUUGAAGCCCUGCAGCGUGGACAAGGAAAGCUCGAGCGAUACGUGGAUGCGAAAACUAAGAAAGAGCUCGCCGACAAAAGAGCCCAAAUAUACGACUGGCUUGGCCCGAUAACUGAUGGCGAGCACGGGGAGAUCUGCAGACGGAGAGGCGUAGAUUCGGCUCAGUGGAUUCUCCAGAAAGAUCACGUUCAAAAUUGGUUGGACACAGAUAAAUCUUCUUAUCUCUGGCUUUAUGGAGCCCAGGGCACGGGAAAGACAGCUGUUGUCUCCAAAGUGAUAGAGACAGUGCAGAACACUGUUUCGGGUAAUGAUGGCACUGCAAUUGCGUUCCACUACUGUCAGUUCUCGAACUCUGCGUCGCUCUCGUCGGAGAGAAUGAUUGCGGCCGUCAUUUCUCAGACCUUGCAAAGCAACAGCAACACUGAAGAUCUACCCGAGUUCCUGUUGAAACUAUUCAAUAAGUACUCAUCUAGAAAAGCCCUGCCAAAUCUUGAAGAGCUGAACCAGUUGUUUGCAGACGUGUGUCAAGACAUUUCGAAGCUAUUUCUAAUCAUUGAUGGUUUGGAUGAGCUCAUUGAGCGGAAAGGAGCCAUUGAAUUCCUCCAGCGGCUGUUGUGCAUACAUGAUAUCACCUUCAAGGUGUUUGUCGCUAGUCGACCCGAGGUGGACUUGGAAAAUGCUUUCGAGUUUUAUUCUGCGAUAGAACUUACCCCAUCCGAUAUUGCUGGCGACAUGGAAAGAUAUGUGAGAGGACGAGUGAACGAGCUGCGACUCCAAGAUCGAGAGGGGGAAGAGCUCGUGAGAGAGUUGAUUCGUCGCGCGGACGGAAUGUUUUUAUGGGUGGUUUGUCAGCUGGAUGAACUAUCACGGGUGCGAACAGCAAUCAGCGCCGAUCUUCUCCGGGGCCUUCCCAAGGGCCUGGAACAGACUUUCGAGUCGAUUCUCUUAAAACUUGACGAAGAUGACAGGCUACUCGCCCUGGAUAUACUCCGAUGGCUAAUGUACUCUCGAUGCCCUCUCAGCCUCGAGGAGCUAGUCGAAGCAAUUGCGAUCACUCCAGAAAUGACAACUUUGGCAGACAUGCAAAAGGGGAAGCUAAGGCGUGCCUCUGACGUGUUUGAGAUCUGCGGCAGUCUUAUCAGUCAGUCCAAGGUGAGCGAAAAGCUCUCUUUGGCGCAUUACUCGAUUUACGAGUGGUUGUCUUCGUCGCAACUUGCUACAGGGCGUUCGAACCAAUUUCACCUGGACUCCAACGCUUCGCAUAGUUCCAUUACAUGCGCUUGUGUUGCCUAUCUAAGUUUUGAUGAUUACGGCUCUGCUGAAUUCUCAAGCAGAGUUAAGAGGGUCUUAGAUUUGCAAGAGUCCGGGCUUGGUAUUCAGAUGUUGCCUAACAGCUCCUUCUUUGACUAUGCAUCGAGCUACUGGUGGGUUCAUCUCAAGACUCGCCUUCCAGAAAAGGAGUACCUAGCAACAAGAAAAGAAAAGUCUGUGGGACAGGGUCUGGAGAGCCACCUUCAGCAGGAGUCGAUGCCAGGGAAAUCCGUCAGGAAAGCGCUGAACAUUUUCUUUCAUCGGCAGUCAAACUUUGAGAAUUGGACAGGUAUUGCGCGGUAUGGACAUGGAAGCCACCAGUAUCCCGAGGGAAUGACUCCUAUCCAUGUUGCUGCACUGCACGAGAUAAAGGAACUGGCGUUUGUUGCUCUGGAUAUGAAAUCCAAGUGUUGUGAUUCCAUUACGUUGGAUGGCCGAACUCCUCUACACAUUGCUCUGGAGAACGACAACAACGAGAUUGUCGAUCUCCUGGUCGAUCAUAAAGCUUGUUUGGAUGUAAUAGACAGGAAAGGGCAGAGCCCCCUACAGAUUGCGAUCCAAUCCGGUAAUGCGCUUUCAGUCUCACGGCUUGCAUCGGCUGGUGCAGAUGUCAACGCGCCUCUAUUUGGUGGUGGGACACCGGUGUCCUUAGCCAUCGAAAAUAGCUGGAAUGAGCUGGCAACCCUCUUGUCAGAGAUGUCAAGCAAAAGUUCUCUUGAUGAUGGGCGCUGCCUGCUGCAUGUUGCAGCACAAUCAGGCAGUCUGACUUGGACAAUUUCCUUGCUCGAAUUUCACAAAGAGAUGCUGAACGCGACGGACCAAGACUCUUGGACCCCCCUCCACUACGCCGCCGACCGAGGACAUGAGAAUAUAGUGAGCUACCUCUUGGAUGGGAAGUGCUCAGCAAGCCCCAGUGAUUCAAAUGGGUGGACUCCCCUGCAUGCUGCCAUUCGUCACCAUCACCUUUCGUGUGCGGCCCUCUUGCUCAAAGCCCAGAAAAAAAUGGAUACUGGCUCGAUACCAACUAUCUCGUUUUCAUCAAGGAAUCAAAGGACACUUAAUGCGACACGUUCAGCAGUGGAUCAUCUGGCUUCGCCUCCAGGACCGCCUCCAGAACGUCUCGGGGCCGCACUUCGCCGAAUGUGGCGUCGACCGCGGCUGGCGGGUCAGAAGUACGGAGGACAUUUUGAAGGGAGUUCUCAAUCCACCAAUGAUGCUCGCGACUGUACAUGGAGUCUGGAAUCUAGUAAAGUUCCAUCCCCUCUUCGAAUAGCAGUCUCGGAGUCAUAUUCAGAAGGCGUUCGGCUUCUAUUGAAGCAUAUCAAUCUCGCCGGGGUUGGCAUGGAUGAGAUGCCUGCUUGUCUCCAAGAAGCUCUUGCUCUGUCCGACACAGUCAUCCUGGAUAUUCUGCUCGCAAAGUCUAGUGAUGAUCAGAUCGGGGACAUCUUGCCAAGCGCUGUUGCAAAAAAUUCAGAAAGUACAAAGGCUGCUCUCCUGAAGUACUUUCCUGCUGGGAAAGCGCAUGCCCUUCUCAAGAAUAUUGUAACCAGCGCCAAGCCUAGCGUGGUGAAGUUCAUGUUACAAACCUGGCUUCUUCCUCCAAGCCAAUUAUUAAAUGAUCUCCUUUUUCAGGUGGUUGGGACUCAAUGGAACCAGGAGAGCAAGGAGAUAUUUUGCCUCCUUCUCAAUAGUGGUGGGUCAUUGGACUGCCUCAGCUCCUCCGGAAAACCUCUCCUGCACACUUCAAUCUUUCAUGAGAAUUGGGAAUUGGCCGAUUACCUCCUUGAGCGAGGAUACGGCUGCGGUGACAAUCCUCGCAGCUUCUCGGAGGACACUGCUUUACUAUUCCUCCUGGGUCAUCGGUGCACCGACGACGCAAGCAGCAUACGUCUUUUGGAAAGGCUUGUCCAAGCUGGUGCGGACUUGAAUGCGGUCGAUUCUAGUGGAAUGGGAAUUUAUUGCAAAGCAGCAGCUGCAAACAAUGAAAUCCCUCUUCGUUGGCUUCUGAGUCACAGCCAAUCGUUUGGCGACCCGAUGACCAAGCUUCACAUUCCCGCUUUUACAGCCCUUGAUUGUGGCUCGGCGGCAGCAGCCAGAGUGCUUAUCAAGGAGAUAGCCAUGGAUCCAGGUCAAAUUUGCAAGAUGCUUGAGGGUCAAGAACCGUUCGGGUCCAUUUUCACUGCCCCCAUUCAGCAGAGAAAUAUAGAAGUAUUGGAUUUACUGGUCAGAUCUGUGAAUGAAGCAUGUGGGCUGAUUCCCGAAUACACGGAAAUCAAACGAGCAAGAUACACCCAAGCAUUGUGUCUGGCCAUCAAGAAACUUUUUAAGCCUGGGUUUGAUUUGCUUUUGACGCAUCUUGCGGAUGUUUCCUCGCCGAAUCCUGAAAGUGGAGAGACUCCACUUCAUAUGGCAGCUCGUAUCUUUCCAAUGGGCAAUUUCAAACUGAGUCCUCCAGCAGUGACUGAGAAGUCCGACUUCGACGCGUACUACGUCCAGAGGCUGCUGGAAAAAGGCGCCGACGUUGACGCUCAACAGCUGAACAGCGGCAAAAGGCCGCUCGAUAUAGCUUUACUCAUCAAUAAGACAGCCCUGACAAGGAUACUUCUCGAGCAUGGAGCUAAGCCCACAUUCUCCCAUUUUCAAAAAGCCGUUGAAAUCCAAAGUCUUGAGUUGGUCAACGUGCUUCUCUCUUAUGGAGCUUCCCUCGAUCUCAGGCAGCUAUCAUUGAGAGGAGUUGAGAACCUAGAUAUGGUCACUGUUCUACUGGAGCAAGGCGCACAACUUGAGCCGUCCCAUCUAAUUCUGGCAGCGAGGACAAGCAACCUUUUAAUCUUGGCAAAAGCACUCAAGGCAUUUCCUUCCGAUCGAGAGACCCAGUCUCAGGCAUUUAACAUUGCAAUAUACUAUGGGAAUCAGCAGGUUAUAUCAAUGCUUGCGAACUGGAUCGGAAAAGAUAUUGAUGAGACUGCUAUCAAGAUACCCCCCGACACAAGCGGUGGGACUUUGCUACACUCCGCUGUCCGUCGACGACAGCCCGAAGAGGUUGCAAUGCUCCUCGGCUCGUUCUGGGGUAAAGACAAGGAAGCCCUCUUGCAGGAGGACGCUGACGGUAAAACGGCUCUCAUACUGGCUAUGUCCAUCUGUCACUGGGCUAGCGCAACACUUUUGAUCCGGGCAGAUGGUGGAGUUCAGCAGGCGAGGAUGUGGGCCAGGUCAACCAAGGUCGACAUGUGGAUCAAUCAACUCGAGGAGUUGGUUAUCAAGGAACAGCACGGAGAUUCCCACGCAGAUACAGUGCUCUAG